AUGGACCCUCUACGUUUCUUCAGUGUAAUUGUUCUUCUUGCUGUUGAUACCCUGGUCGAUGUUUCUCUUUCUUUGAAAGACUACAGAAACACAAGAACUUAUAAGCAUGGUGACAUCAUUUUAGGAGGAUUAUUUCCUCUCCACCUGGUCAAACAACAAGACUCGUGCUCGGACCUGCGACCAAAUGUUCUAAUGUAUGCCGAGGCUAUGAUGUUCGCUGUGGACGAAAUCAACAAAAACAGCUCUAUUCUAACAAACGUGACUUUGGGGUAUGAUAUUCGCGACACGUGUGGUGAUGACCAAGAAGCAGUAACUGUUGUUUCGGAUUUUGUCUUCAGAAACACGCUCAAAUUUGACCCUCGUUAUCUCGUGACGAACAGCUGUGUUGCGCAAGCAACGUCAUCAAAAGAAAAUCCUAUUUUAGCGGUAAUUGGAGGUUUGGAUUCGCGGAUCUCAGUUAACGUGGCAAAUGUCCUCCAAGUCUUGGAUGUGCCUCAAGUAAGCUACGGGGCAUCAAGUGCGGAACUAUCUGACCCCCAGUUUACGUCAUUCUUUCGUACCGUUCCGGUGGAUAAAUUUCAGUCACUAGCUAUGGCGGAGCUGGUAGCUCACUAUAAGUGGACUUGUGUCGCUGUCAUUGGAGUGGAUGAUUGGUACGGCCGGAGCGGGAUUGAUGCUUUCGUGAGCGCGGCGAAUGAUAGCGGAAUAUGCAUCGUCAUGCGACAGCUGUUCCCCGUCCACGACUCCGAAGAUCUAAUUCCUCAAGUGAUCACUCGACUGAAGAGCAUGGAUCAUGUGCAAAUUAUAAUAUUGUAUAGCCUUGUUCCAGAAGCAAUAAAAGUGUUUGAGGAAGCACUUAAACAAGGGAUGACUGGGAAAACGUGGAUUGCGAGUGACGGAUGGGCAGAAUCCGCAUUGAUAAGUCAAGAAGUGCGGUUCAAGCCAGUCAUUCAAGGUGCUAUAGGCUUUGGUUUCCAUGGAUUUCCUUUCAAAGAAUUCGAACAACAUAUUAUCAAGGUGGGGCCUCUUAUGGAUAAAGGGAUCUGGUGGAAUGAAUUUUGGCAGGACGAAUUCAACUGUUCAGCCGUGAACUACUCGAGUCCCUUUUACAAGCAGUGUUCGGGUACAGAGAGGAUCUCGCGCGAGACGUACGCCCGAGACUACAGCCAAGGGGUUAUUCCAUAUGUCAGAGACGCAGUGUAUUCCGUUGCUUAUGCCCUGAGGAAUUUACUUAAAUGCAACUCUCCAGGAGCUUCGUGUUCUGAUCGCAUUUCCGCGCUGCGUCCAGACGAUCUAUUACGAAGUCUCAAGAACCUCUCGGCAUUUCAAGGAAUUACGGGCCGAAUCGACUUUCAAAGGGGUGAGGUUGAAGCAGCGUAUGACAUUUACAACCUGCAGGAAACGCCUCAAGGCAAUUUUGAUCUCGUCAAGAUAGGAUUUUGGAACAUGGGAAGAGCGCCGAGAUUAAGCGUGCGGGAUGAUCUGAUGCAAUGGCACGAGAAUGUAAAACCUCGAAUUACUUGUGGAGAAAUCUGCAAGCCUGGUACCUACCGAAGCAAGCCCAAUCAGUGCUUCUGGGAGUGUGUACCAUGUGACCUGGACACUGUUAGUGAGUCCUUGGGAGGUUCCCAAUGUACUAGUUGUCCCAAAGGUUUUAUAUCAAACCAAAAUAAAACCAAAUGCGAGGAAGUCCCGGUCAGGUUCGUGGAAUGGGGAGAGGCCUGGGGGAUAGCCCUGAGUGUCCUUACAGCCGGGUGCGUGAGUUCCACGUUGGUUGUCAUGGCGAUUGUCGUACAAAAGCGCCAGACUCCGAUUAUUCGAGACACGGGUGGAAUUCUCAACAACUUAUUGUUGGUCCUCGUCAUCCUGGCUUAUAUGUUCAAUUUCAUCCACCUUAACAAGCUUUCUGAUACAAGCUGUCGUUUACUGCCGCCAAUCUUCUACUUUGUUUACACAGGCGGGGCAUUGGUCCAGUUUCUUAAAGUUUGUCGAAUCCGCGCGCUGCUCAAGCCUCUUACGAAAGACAGAUCCAAGGUUAUACUUUUUAUAGUAGCGGCCUUGUGGUUUUUUCCAGUUUUUGUCGCGCUGAUAUGGAUCAUUGCCGACCCGCCACUAUUUGAAAAACAAAUCGACUCGCGCCUCAUCGUCUACGCCGCGUGCAAGCAACACCAGAACAUCGGUGGAAUGAUUCUUCGCUAUUUCUGUGCAUGUUACCUAGCGGCGAUUCUGAUCGGGUCCAUGAUAGUUGCGUAUAGCACCAAAGGCCUGCCCCGCGGACACAGAUUUGACGAAGCAAAACACGUAGCAUUUUCACUUACUUUGUUUGCAGUAACUUUUGCCACGUUCUACCCCGGCUGGUCUAUUUUGGUAGGCCCAAGCUUAACCGUGUUCGCGUGUCUAACUAAUUUAGCCGCUGCGACAGGAACACUUGUUUGCAUUUUUGCGCCAAAACUCUGGCUCAUUUAUCGUUUUCCUCAUCAUAACACGCAGGCUUAUAUUCUACCCGCGUUACCUGAAGUAAGAGAAACGAAUUCACAUUCUUUACUUUCAAUUGGAAGAGUUGCUGUGGCGUUAGGAACUGGUGAGCGCCACAGCACUCUGUCGAGGUCUUCUCCACCUGGCGGCUCUCCAACGAGGGGCUCGCCUAAGGCUUCCCCCAAAGGUAUUCUUAAGCAAAGCUCUCCAAAAGAAUCUGUCAGAAACUCUCUAAAUCACCUAACUUUUGGAGGGACUAAUCGAAGCACAGCCCAAAUGAAAACAUACCUCUAA